AUGUCUAGCGAGGUCGAGGAACUCAAGCAGCUUGUUCAGAAGCUUAGCAAAGAAGUUACAAGACUUAGUGAUGAGGCCGAGAUCAAGAAACUUCAUUUCAAAUAUGGCUACUACUUAGACAAGUGUCUCUAUGAAGAGGUAGUCGAACUUUAUGCCGACCACCCAGACACCUUCGUAGAAUUUAUCGGCGGUCGAUACCGUCGCAAAGCAGGCGUCAGGCGCCUCUACAUCGACCGCUUCGCCAGCCGCUUCGUCGCAGGGCGCAACGGUCCAGUUCACGGUUUCCUGCUCGACCACGCUCAAAUGCAGGACGUGAUCACGAUUUCUCCCAGCGGUGAUUGUGCCAACGGACGUUUCCGCGCUCUCAUGUCAGCCGGCACGCACAAAUCAGUGAAGGACACUCACCCCCGUGGUUUCGUGCAAUGGUGGGAAGGCGGCGUGUACGAGAACGAGUAUAUCAAAGAGAACGGCGUCUGGAAGGUUUUCAAGCUGAAGUACUUCCCGUUCUGGCAUGCGGAUUUUGAUAGGGGGUGGAGUAACAAGGAGAUUGGGGAGUUUGUUCCGUUUGAUACGACAACGUUCCCGGAGAAUGAGACUGGUCCCGAUGAGAUUGUUGAGCAAUUGAUGUUGUGGCCUGACACGAGGGUUGUGCCGUUUCACUAUGGUCAUCCGGUUACGGGAGAGAUGGUUAAGGAUGAUGAUUUGAGGGCUCCGGAGUUUGGAAAGCCAGUCGAGAGCAGUUUGCCACCGUUGAGUUUGGGGGAGUCAAAGAGAUUGGGUUGA